AGUGUAGCAUGCACUAUGGACUUUUCUGCAACGGUGAUCUGCGCAGGGCUCAUUUUAGGUCUGCUGUGGUUGUUUGGUGUCAAAAACAGUCAAAAGUAUCGUUUGCCUCCAGGACCCUUUGCACUUCCUCUUAUAGGAAACCUGCCACAACUGAGCAAAGAUGCACCUUUCAAAAGCUUCAUUAAGCUCGGUGAAACCUACGGUCCCGUGAUGACGUUGUACCUGGGCUGGCAGCGGACGGUUGUUCUGGUCGGAUAUGAAGCAGUGAAGGAGGCUCUGGUGGACCAGGCAGAUGACUUCACAGGCAGAGGGCCACUGCCAUUCCUGUUCAAGGCUACCAAGGGCUACGGUUUGGGGAUCAGUAAUGGGGAGCGUUGGCGCCAGCUGCGACGUUUCACCCUGACCACACUGAGAGACUUUGGGAUGGGUCGAAAGGGGAUGGAGGAGUGGAUCCAAGAGGAGAGCAAAUACCUGAAAGCCCGCAUAGAUACAUUCAAAGCCACACCAUUUGACCCCACAUUCUUACUGAGCCGCACUGUGUCCAAUGUGAUCUGCUGCCUGGUGUUUGGUCAACGCUUCCGUUAUGAAGACAAGAAGUUCCUGCACCUCCUCAACAUCAUAUCUGAGAUUUUACAGUUCAAUAGCAGCACCAGGGGUCAGAUGUACAACAUGUUUCCUUGGCUCCUGGAGCAUCUGCCUGGCCACCAGCACACUGUUUUUGCACAGGUUGAUGAGGUGAGAGAGUUUAUCAAGAUGAAGAUCCAAGAGCACAAAGAGACCCUGGACCCCAGCACCCCGAGGGACUUUAUCGACUGCUUUCUCCUCCGAAUGAAUCAGGAAAAGGACAAUCCCACAACUGAGUUUCACCAUGAAAACUUGGUCUCUACAGUGAUGAAUCUCUUCCUGGCAGGAACAGAAACCACUAGCUCCACCAUCAGAUAUGCCCUCAGUGUGUUGAUCAAAUAUCCUGAUAUACAGCAGAAAAUGCAGCAGGAGAUUGACUCUGUGAUUGAAAAAGGCCUUUGUCCAAGAAUGGAGAACAGGAAGUCCCUCCCCUUCACAGAUGCUGUCAUCCAUGAGGUGCAGCGUUUUCUGGACAUUGUCCCCUUCAGCCUCCCUCAUUACUCACUCAAGGACAUCUCUUUUAGGGGUUACACAAUCCCCAAGGGCACUAUGAUUAUUCCACUGUUGCACUCUGUGCUGAAAGAGGAAAAGCAAUGGGCCACUCCCUGGUCCUUCAACCCCAAGCACUUCCUGGACCAGAACAGCAACUUUAAGAAAAAUCCUGCUUUCCUGCCAUUUGCUGCAGGGAAGAGAGCCUGUGUCGGCGAAUCACUGGCUCGUAUGGAGCUUUUUAUCUUCCUCGUGUCACUGUUGAAGAAUUUCACCUUCUCCUGCUCUGAGGGCCCUGACAGUAUAAACCUCAUUCCAGAGUACAGUGGCUUUGCCAAUGUGCCUCGCAGGUACCACAUUAUCGCCACACCCCGUUUGUUGAGCAUCCACCUCGAGAAGGAGCGAGAAAAGAACAACCCCACAACUGAGCUCCACCAUGAAAACUUGGUCUCUACAGUGAUGAAUUUCUUCCUGGCAGAAACAGACUUCAUCAGCUCCACUGUCAGAUAUGCCCUCAGUGUGCUGAUCAAAUACCCUGACAUACAGGCUUUAGUGAACUGCAGAGACUCGUUUGUGCGUUUUCUUUCGUGGGGCGUUAUGGAGUUUUCUGCCACGUUGGUUUUAGCGGCUUUUAUCGCUGCUUUGCUGUUUUUGUUAAGCCUGAAGAGCCGAAAACACGUCUGUUUACCUCCAGGACCGUCCGCCCUGCCGAUCAUUGGAAACCUGCUGCAGCUCGACAAAAGAGCUCCUUUUAAAACUAUGCUAAAGCUUGGUGAAAGUUAUGGCCCUGUGAUGACAGUGUACCUGGGCCGUCAGCGUGCUGUGGUCCUGGUGGGGUACGAUGCUGUGAAGGAGGCACUGGUGGACCAAGCAGAAGACUUCACUGGCAGAGGACCUAUUCCUUCCUUGAUGAGGGCUACCAAGGGUUACGGUUUGGUGAUCAGUAAUGGAGAGCGCUGGCAGCAGCUACGACGUUUCACCCUGACCACGCUGAGAGACUUUGGGAUGGGACGCAAAAGAAUGGAAGAGUGGAUCCAGGAGGAGAGUAAACAUCUGGUGGCCCGCAUUAAUAAUACCAAAGCCACACCUUUUGAUCCCACCUACUUCAUGAGCUGCACCGUGUCAAACGUGAUCUGCUGCUUGGUGUUUGGUCAACGCUUCAGCUAUAACGACGACCACUUCCUGUCCCUCCUGCAGAUAAUCUCAGAAGUACUGAACUUUGGCAGCAGUCCCUGGGGUCAGCUGUAUAAUAUCUUUCCUCGGUUGAUGGAAAUACUGCCAGGUCGUCAGCAUGUAAUGUUUGCCCAUAUUGAGAAGCUGAGAGAUUUUAUAAUGAAAAAGAUCCAGGAACACCAGGACACGCUGGACCUCAGCUCACCCAGAGAUUACAUCGACUGCUUCCUCACCAGACUCAGUCAGGAAAAGCAUCUUCCCACAACAGAGUUCCACUAUGAGAACUUGGUGUCAACAGUGUUGAAUCUGUACCUGGCAGGAACUGAAACCACCAGUUCAACUAUCAGAUUUGGACUAAAUGUGCUGGUCAAAUAUCCCAGAAUACAGGAGAAUAUGCAGCAGGAGAUUUACACUGUGAUUGGACAGGAGCGUUGUCCUUUUAUGGAGGACAGGAAGUCCCUACCAUUCACAGAUGCAGUCCUCCAUGAAAUUCUGCGUCUGAUAGAUAUUGUUCCCAUGAGUGUCCCUCACUAUGCUCUCCAGGACAUCUCAUUCAGGGGUUACACCAUUCCCAAGGAUACAAUCAUUAUUCCCUUGUUGCACUCUGUGCUGAAAGAGGAAAAACAGUGGGACACCCCAUGGUCCUUUAACCCCCAGCACUUUCUGGAUCAGAACGGCAACUUUAAAAAAAAAUCCGCAUUCCUGCCAUUCUCUGCAGGAAAGAGAUCUUGUGUCGGAGAGUCGCUUGCUCACAUGGAGAUUUUCCUCUUCAUGGUGUCACUUCUUCAGCAUUUUACCUUCUCGUGCCCCGGAGGACCUGACAGUGUGGAUCUCAGCCCGGAAUACAGCAGCUUCGCCAAUGUCCCUCGCAGGUACAACAUCAUUGCAACACCCCGGUGGUAAUCAUAUUUUACAUCACAAUCUUUCCUCUGGCUUUCAACUGCUGAAAAGUUGAUCAUUUUUUACCAAGGGAACAAAUUUGAUGCGCAGAUCAGACACACUGACUCUAAAGUUUGUCAUGUACCCAGCUUGCUUUUAGAGAUAUUUCUAUCAAUCAUAAAUGCUCAGUUCAGUGGUCUAUAGAUUUAAUUCCCACAGUACACACAGUUUAGAUUUAACGGUUCAUGUUGUGCCAAAACAAAAAACAAAAAGGAUUUUGUAUUUGUAAAUUUAAUUUCCUGGACUCUUGCUGAGAUUAUUACAACAGAGGGCUUACAUUAAAUACUUGUGGAACACGUUAAAAAAAUAAUGUAUUUUACUGAUAAACCAGAAAUACUGAACGUUUUGUCCAAAUUCCAUCAAUUAUCUUGUGACCAACUGUAGAUGAACCCCAGAUUACGAACUAUUUAGGUGAGAGGCACUUAUCCAUAGUCCCAUUGUGUUAUCUAGAUGUCUGUCAGCCUCCAGUUUGAAGAUACAUGCAGGUGCUCUGACAUGCAAACCAAACAAUGCACUGUUGUAAAUGGGGGGCAGCCGCAAAACAUAUUUACACUUCUUUAAAAAAGUACUGGCUAAAAAGUCUGUUAUAUACAGUGUACACUAUAUUUAGAAUAUUUUCAGUGCUUUGUCUUGCCAUCAGAAAGCAAUAUCCAACCACAAACUGAAGCUUAUCUCGCUCUGUUCAAAGCCAGACUCAAUGAAAAAAUAAGUACUUUAACGUUGCUGAACAUAGGAGCCAGUUUGUUUUGUGUUGUUGUGUGGCUUUAGAAAGUUUGCAUCAGAUUCACCAAACAGAUAAUAACACAAACAGUAAUUGAGGCAGCGGAGGACCAGCUGCUCCUGUGUUCUGUGAGGUAAAAAUACUGUUUUUGUCAGUCGAUCGUUUUGAAGCUGAGAUGAAUCAUGUCAGAACUUUUUCCACCUAUUAAUAUGACCUAUAACCUGCACAAUGCAAUUGGAAAACAAACAGAUCCUUUCGGGUGAUAAAAAAAUAAAUAAAUAAAAUAAUAUAGCUGCAUAAGUGUUCACAAACUCUUAUAAUUGGGGAUGUGGCUGUGUUCAGAAUUAACCAUAAUAAUCAUAUUCAAAUGCAUGUGAAAUAGUAGGCCGUACACACCUGCUAUCAAUUAAAGUGACUGAUCAGCCUCAAAUAAAGUUCAGCUCAUUUUUUUGUGAAAUUGGAGAAGAAAUAAAGCCAAUGCUCAGGUUUCAAAGGGUUAAACACCUUUUGCUGCUAUAAAAUAUAUGCAGAAAUGAAAUAAAAAUUAUUCUUUACAGAC